AUACAGCAACAAGCAGCCACGCACGAACAAACACAGACAUUCCCCUCCUCUCUCUCUCUCUCCGCAGUCCCCACACAUCAGCAGCAGUAGCAAUAGCAACCGGGAAUUCCCCAAAAUGCCCCUGGACCCCGACUCCUCGUCGCCACCGCCGGCGCCGCCGCACCGGGACUGGUUCUUCCCGCCGGCGCCGCCGUUCCUCCCUUCCUCCCGGGCCCGGACCCCCAGGACGCCCUUUCCCUCCACCUACCGCUCCUCCAGGCCCUACUCAGCUUACUCCCUCGCUGACCGCCGCCCGCCUACUACCCCACGCUCCCGCUCCCGCUCUCCGCACCCACCGCCGGAGCAGCAGCAGCUGACGCCGCAGCCGCAGCCUCCUCCGUCCGCGCCGCGCCGCCGUGACCCCCGGUACGCCGGCGUCCGCCGCGAGGAUGUCCGUACGGCUGCCUCCGAGCAAGCGGCGGCCCCGAAGGCCGCGCCGGUGCACGGGAGGAAGCCCGCGGCGUCGGCGAUCGUUCCACGGUGGUCGGGGGUGCUCUCAGCGGCGGUUAUUUUACUGUGCCUGGCCUCCCUUCUCCGUAGGAACUUCUCGUUGCACGAUCAGGUUUACCAUCUGCAGGAGCAACUGGUUGUCGCUACUGCAAAACUUCAGUCAUGCAUUGUAGACUCCUCACUCGAUACGAGCAGCAUUAAUAUGUUCUAUCAGGAUGCUAACAGUACCACGCAGAACAGAAGCCUUAAGUACCUUUCCCUGCUUAUCUCGCUUUCGGUACUAUACGCACCACUCCUCAUUCUCAAGUAUGUGGACCUUGUGUCAAAGAUAAGGAGCUCACGUGACUCUGAAGAAGUUCCCAUAAACAAGCGGUUUGCGUACAGAGUCGAUAUAUUUUUGUCACUUCAUCCGUAUGCUAAACCAUUGGUCCUACUUGUUGCUACGUUGUUACUAAUUGCUCUUGGUGGGCUGGCUCUGUAUGGUGUGACUGAUGAUAGCUUAUCUGAUUGUCUUUGGCUGUCAUGGACCUUCGUUGCUGACUCGGGGAACCAUGCCAAUGCUGAGGGUUUUGGACCCAAGCUGGUUUCAGUUUCAAUUAGUAUUGGUGGAAUGUUGGUUUUUGCCAUGAUGCUUGGUCUUGUCACUGAUUCAAUCUCUGAGAAGUUUGAUUCUUUGAGGAAAGGAAGAAGUGAAGUCAUAGAGCAGAGCCACACUCUAAUUCUUGGAUGGAGCGAUAAGCUGGGAUCUUUGCUGAACCAAAUUGCCAUUGCUAAUGAAAGCUUGGGAGGUGGGACCAUUGUAGUGAUGGCUGAGAGAGACAAAGAGGAAAUGGAAGCAGACAUUGCUAAAAUGGAGUUUGACUUGAAAGGAACAGCUGUAAUAUGUAGAAGUGGAAGCCCUCUGAUACUCGCUGACUUGAAAAAGGUCUCAGUUUCAAAGGCGCGAGCAAUUGUUGUUCUUGCUGAAGAAGGAAACGCUGACCAGAGUGAUGCACGGGCACUGCGGACAGUCUUGAGUUUGACUGGAGUUAAAGAGGGACUAAGUGGUCACAUAGUAGUUGAGCUUAGUGAUCUCGACAAUGAAGUUCUAGUCAAACUUGUUGGUGGAGAUCUUGUGGAAACAGUUGUCGCGCAUGAUGUGAUUGGACGAUUGAUGAUACAGUGUGCACGUCAGCCAGGCCUUGCUCAGAUAUGGGAAGAUAUUCUUGGUUUUGAGAACUGUGAAUUCUACAUUAAGAGAUGGCCUAAGUUGGAUGGAAUGCGAUUUGAAGAUGUGCUGAUUAGCUUUCCUGAUGCUGUUCCAUGUGGCAUAAAAGUGGCAUCUUAUGGGGGCAAGAUUAUUUUAAACCCUGAUGAUUGUUAUGUUUUGCAAGAGGGUGAUGAGGUGAUAGUAAUUGCAGAGGAUGAUGAUACAUAUGCCCCAGCACCAUUGCCCAAGGUUAAAGAGGCUGUUUACAUAGACAUUGUUCAUCCUGAAAGAAAGCCUCAGAAGAUUCUUCUUUGUGGAUGGCGACGGGAUAUAGAUGAUAUGAUUGCGGUACUUGAUGCUUUCCUUGCGCCAGGAUCAGAGUUGUGGAUGUUUAAUGAUGUCCCUGAGGUUGACAGAGAAAGAAAGCUGAUUGAUGGAGGUCUGGACUUCAGUCGCCUCGAUAAUAUUACUUUGGUGCAUCGUGAAGGAAAUGCUGUUAUUCGCCGUCACCUGGAGAGCCUUCCUUUAGAAUCAUUCGAUUCUAUCCUGAUUUUGGCAGAUGAAUCUGUAGAAGAUUCAGCAAUCCAAGCUGACUCGAGGUCACUUGCAACGUUACUGCUGAUCAGAGAUAUUCAGGCAAAACGUCUUCCAUACAAGGAAUCAUUGGUUUCACAUGUUUCCCGGGGAACCUUUUCUGAAGGUUCUUGGAUAGGGGAGAUGCAACAAGCAUCUGACAAAUCUGUCAUAAUCAGUGAAAUUUUGGACCCCAGGACAAAAAAUUUGUUGUCAAUGUCAAAAAUUAGUGACUAUGUUCUUUCAAAUGAACUAGUGAGCAUGGCAUUGGCAAUGGUCGCAGAGGAUCGACAGAUAAAUAAUGUCUUGGAGGAGCUCUUCGCCGAACAGGGAAAUGAAAUGCAAAUACGACCUUCCGAUCUUUACCUUAGAGAAGAAGAGGAGUUAAAUUUCUUUGAGGUCAUUCUGCGAGCUAGACAGAGGAAAGAGAUUGUCAUUGGGUACCGUCUUGAGGCAGCUGAGCGUGCCAUAAUCAAUCCAACAGACAAAGUUUCAAGGCGAAGAUGGUCACCCAAGGAUGUUUUUGUUGUUAUAUCUGAGAAAGAAUGAACUUCAUCAAAUCACAGUUAACAUGAGAGCAAGCUCCCGACCAGUGACCAUGCCUAAGGAAAAACAGGCAGCAACUAGCGCAGAGAGCUGUUUGAUUCAGAUGCACAUUUAGCAGAAGGCAAGCGCUGAGCGCGAAGGAGCAAAACAUGAUCAGAUUUUGGAUCAGUCUAGAUGGAUACUUCAGGUUGCCCUUUACAAAAAGGAUGUGAACAGAAUAUGCAGCACAUGCUUUGGAAGUUUGGAUCGGUCCAGUUCAUUUGUAUAUUCUCGUCUGUGUAAGUUCCACAUAAACAACGAGCAAAGCAUCACCCUGGCUUAAGCCGAGGGUUUAAAGCUAUUUAGUGAGCGGGAAUUCAAUUUUCCAGUGAGGCUGUGGUACCCUAGCUAUAGAGUAGACCACAGCGGUAGUUCAGCAUGACAGUUCCAUUUCUUAGGCUGUUCAGCAUUUUGUACAAAUUGAGGAAACCAUAUUUGUCCUUAUGUUAGGAACAAUUUCUGCCGUAUUUUGUCAACACAAUGAGAUGCCGGCCAGUCCAUGUAAAUAUGUAACUGGAAGAUCAUAUGUCGAUCCAUUUUAUGGCGUUUACAGUUUGGAUAGGUCAUA